AUGUCAAAACACGCUCCUCCUCCCGGCGCCAAAAGUAUCAACGAAAUCCUUGACGAAGCCCGUUCUCAUCUCAUCCGCAUUGACCCCGCUCAACUUCUCACAGAGUUGCAAACUCCCGCCUCCCACGGCCCAACACAUGUUAUAGACAUUCGGCCUGCUGCUCAACGCGAGCGAGAAGGUGCUUUUGCAUUCCCCAGCACACUUGAUACAUCUGCUGCGAAACACACAGUCAGCAUCAUCGAGCGCAACGUGCUGGAGUGGCGACUAGACCCGCAAAACGACUCCCGGAUCAAGGAGCUUGUGGAUGAGUUUGGCUACGAUACGCGGGUAGUCAUUACAUGCUCAGAGGGUUACACCAGUUCUCUGGCAGCUAGAGAGCUACAGAAGCUGGGCUUAUCCAGAGCGACGGAUUUAAAUGGGGGCUAUUGGGCGUGGAAGCGGCAUUUGGAGGGUCAAGCAAGCAGCUAAGCUUUCUACACAGGGAUGUGUUGUAGCGGGCGAAAAGAUGGACGCAUUGCUUUUCUGAAGAAUUGGAAGUUUGUAACAAUCGGUCACUAUCGCGAGUUUUAUUAUAAAGAACAAUACUAAGACUUGGCUGACCAGUGUUGGAAUGAAAGAGCUUUAUUAUGCUUCUGAAAAUUUACUUCAUGGGAAUUGUUGGAAGCUUCCACAAGAGGGGUUCAAGAAGUCAUCAAAGCAUAUUUUUACAAUAUAUUUAAACAUAUAUUGUGCCGA